GAUUUGUGACAUCUCCGAGUUCCUUCUUUCAGUGUUUUUUGACAAAUGCCCUUGAGGGAGGCUCGAGAUCGCAGGUCAUUCUAGUCUUAGUAUUUUGACACAAAGUCUUGCGUUGGCCAGCCUAUCCAUGGGACAAUGGAGUCCCUCGGGCUACCAGGCCAGAACCCGGAACUUUGCCACCAGCUCUUUGGGGACCAGUGUCUUGGGAGCUCCCUGGCUGGUGGUAGUUAGGCAUAGUCUCUUCUGCUGCACCUGUCCUUGCCCCCAGAGCCAGCCUCUUGAAAAGGGGCAUUGGGCCACAUUGCCACUGUGGCCCUGGCUCACGGAACACAGUGAUGUCACAAGGGCUGGACUGUAGAAGGGAAUGUUCUGGAGGACAUCCAGUCUGGGUGCUCCUUGUCUCUGUGGCUAGAGCAGGAGGUGGUGACAGAGCUGGACAGGAGUGGUACUGCCCUACCAGCGGAAGCCUGUGGAGGAGAGGCAGGGCUGAGGGCUUCGUGGGCCCCAGCCUCUCUCAGGAAGUGCCUGGGAGCAGUACACUAGGCUCAGAAGGUUCUGAGAACCCUGUUCUCGUCCCCCUCCUUCCUACUGCCCUCCCUGGGGUCGCUUGUGGUCCAGGCGACCCUUGAACUCACAAGCCACACACCCCCGAGGAUGUAGUUCAGUUCCCACACCCAGGUGAAAGCUGGGUGUGUCAGCAUAGGCCUGUGAGAAGAGGGACCCUGGUUCUCACUGACUCCAGGCUCGGGUGGGGAGGGGUACUGAGGAAGGCAUGCGCCUGCGACCUCUGCCCUCCACACGUCUGCACACGCCACGCGCACAGGAAAUGUCCUCACUAACACCCAGCUUGUUUUGCCUCCUGUAACCAGCACCCAAAGCAGGGUCUGCAGGUUCCCAUCUUUGCUGGGCCAACUCGGCCGCCGUCCACUACGCGCCCCUGAACCCCCCGACCCCUGGAACCCGUGUGAACACCCGUGUGUCUGCUCCCUGUCGAGGACAUGUCUGACCCUAACGAACAGAAUGGCGCCGGGGGCGCCAAGCCCCUCCUGACAGCAAAAACCAUCCUGAAGACCAAGCUUUACAGCAAAGCGCUGAAGAGGACGACACCACAAGCCCCUCACCCCUCAGAGACAAUGGCCCCAGGCAGCUGCUACUGGACCGCGGAGCGCGACGGGGAGGUGAAGCUGCGCCUGGGCAAGAACUCGGAGGACGAGCCUCCCACCACGGUGCCCGACCUGAUCAUGAGCGCUGCCACCAAGUACUCGCACUGCCUGGCGAUCGGCUCCAAGUACAAGAAGAGCUGGCAGCUGCUCACCUACAUCGAGUACUACGAGGCCUGCCGCCGCGCCGCCAAGGCCUUCCUCAAGGUGGGCCUGGAACGCUUCCAUGGCGUGGGUAUCAUGGGCUUCAACUCCACGGAGUGGGUGAUUGCCAACAUUGGAGCCAUCAUGGCAGGCGGCAUCUCUGUGGGCAUCUUGUGCAGUAACUCACCGAAAGUCUGCCAGGUCAUCGCCGAGGCUUCAGAGAUGGACAUCUUCGUGGUGGAUAACGACAGACAGCUGCAGAAAGUUAACCAGAUCCAGGGCUACCUGAAGCAUCUCAAGGCCAUCAUACAAUACAGAGAAGACAUCCAGGAAGUACAGCCAAAUCUAUACUCGUGGAAAGGGUUCCUGGACCUCGCAGAUGGCAUCUCGGAUGAAAAGCUGGACCAAGUCAUCGACUCACAGAAGCCUAACCAGUGCUGUGCUUUGGUAUACAACCAGGGCACGACCGGGGCCCCAAAGGCCAUAAUGCUCAGCCACGACAAUAUCACAUGGACCACAGCGGCCACCGUUCAGAGCCUGGAGUUCAAGUGUCCGCCUGAUGGCCAGGAGAUCUUUGUGAGCUACCUGCCGCUCUGCUUCGCGGGGGCCCAGAUCUUGGAUGUGUGGGUGGCCAUCUCGGUGGCUGCAACAGUCUACUUCCCCUCAGCAGAGGCAGGGAACUGGAGCGGGCCAGCCCGAGCCCCUGGCACGGGCUUCCUGACGGAGAUGCUCCGCGAGGUCCAGCCCACCACGUUCUGCGGCAUCCCGUGGGUGUGGGACCGCAUGCUGGACAGCCUGCAGACCAAGCACCUGGAUGCCACCGCCUUCCGCAGGAGGAUCGACCGCUGGGCCAUGCGCAUGGGGCUCAGCACCAAUAGGAGGAGGCUGCUCGGGCAGAUCCACCAGCCGCUCUGCUUCGGCCUGGCCAAGAAGCUGACCUUUGACCCUGCCAGGAAAUUCCUGGGUCUCAACCAUUGCCAGCAGUUCCUGAACAUGGGCUCGGGGCUGCCGAGGGCCACGGUGGACUUCUUCCUCAGCCUGGACAUCCCCAUCUUCGAGGCGUACGGCUUGAGCGAGUGCACCGGACUGCACACUGUGUCCAGCCAGCAGGCCUUCCGGCUCCCCAGCAGUGGGAAGGCACUUCCCAGCUCCCACACAAAGGUGGAAAAGGAGAACCAGGACGGCGUGGGGAACUUGUGUGUAUGGGGCCGCCACAUCUUCAUGGGGUACCUCAACGACAAAGAAGCCACGGAGAAGAAGGUGGACAGCCACGGCUGGCUGCACACCAAUGACCUGGGCUUCUUGGACAUCGACAAGUUCCUCUAUGUCAUGGGGAAUAUCAACGAUAUGAUCACGCUGAGCUCAGGUGAAGUCAUCAACCCGAAUCCCAUCGAGGAGCGAGUGAAGAUGCGCAUCCCCAUUGUGCGCUAUGUGAUGGUGGUGGGCCAGGAUGCCCCAUACCUGUGCGCCCUCCUCACAAUGAAGUGUCAGAUCAACCCGGAGACUGGAGAGGCUCGGAGUGCCCUGACCAGUGAGGUUGUGGCCUGCUGCCGGAAGAUGCGGAGCCAGUCCACCUGGUUGGCAGAUGUCCUAUAUAACCGUGACCCCCUGGUCACAGAGUUCAUCAACCAGGGCAUCCAAGACGUGAAUGCAGAGGCACCCUCGGAAGGCACCAAGAUCAUUAAGUGGGUCAUUCUAGACAAUGAUUUCUCUGUUGGCGGCGGGGAGCUUGGGCCCAUGUCCAAGUUGAACAGGACCACUGUGGCCAAGAUAUACCAGGAGGAAAUCCAGAAAUUCUAUGAGAGGGCUUCGAGCUCUUAGCAGCCCUGUGCACCCCAAUCUUCGCCCAGGUGCUGGUAGUUCGUGUUUUACAUCCUGCUGUCAAGGAACAAUUUCUACAGUGGGGAGUGUUCUUUGUGAGGGCCUGGGUGAAGGCUCUCUAGUGUUGGGGUCUGAAUUGUAAAGGAAUAAUUAAAUGUGUUCACUAAAGUG